GUGUUCGGUACUGUGUACAUAUACUGUUUUGUCUCAAUGUUCAUCUACGUGGUUUUAUCGCUCUUUAUUGCUAUAAUAAUGGAUGCGUACGAGGUAGUCAAGGAUCGUUAUUCUUACGGGCUUUCUGUGGAACACUCGGUGCUCAAAGACUUUGUGGCGACGGCUCCGUCCCUCUCUGAAAUGAACUCGCCAACAGCACAAGCACAAUUUGCUCCACAGGCGCUUUUGAAUCUCGAUGUCGAGCUGAGGCCUCCUGCUUACUCAUUUCAAUUUCGGUGGGUAGCAUUCAUCCUCUUUCACAGUGGCCUUGAUGCUAAGAAAAAUGCAUACUCACUUCGCACGCAUUUGCUGAAGCAUUCGCAAAAUCCUCAAAUGAGUGAUGCAUCUCUAGGGGCUGGCAGCGACUCGAAUAGUGUUCGAGCUCUGCACCUGAUCGACCGCAUGCGAGACUGGGCGUGUAACCUACGCGGCAGUUCCAGGUUUGAGUCGUUUUCAAAUCCACUCAGUGACCAAGUAGAUCCACCCCAUGAUGGUGUUGUGCUAUCCACUCAGCGAGUAUAA